CAGCCAGGGCUCAGCUUGCGCUUCCCCUCCUCCAGCGCGCCUUUGUCCCCUACAACCACGGCCUGUGGAGCCCGCGGCACCAUGAUCGCGACCAAGGAGAAGAAUAAAAGCCCGAAGGACAGCAUGACGCUUCUUCCUUGCUUCUACUUCGUGGAGCUCCCCAUAGUGGCAUCGUCCAUCGUGUCCCUCUACUUCCUGGAGCUGACAGACCUCUUCAAGCCGGCCAAGGUGGGUUUCCAGUGCUAUGAUCGCGCGCUCUCCAUGCCCUACGUGGGGACCAACGAGGAGCUCAUCCCUCUGCUCAUGCUCCUCAGCUUGGCCUUCGCUGCCCCUGCGGCCUCGAUCAUGGUCGGCGAGGGCCUGCUCUACUGUGCGCAGUCCCGGCUGUGGGGCCGCGGCGGGGGCCCGGGCGAGGCCGAGGGCAGCAUCAGCGCGGGGGGCUGCAGCUUCAACUCCUUCCUGCGGCGCACCGUGCGCUUCGUGGGUGUCCACGUGUUCGGCCUGUGCGCCACCGCCCUGGUGACCGACGUCAUCCAGCUGGCCACGGGCUACCACGCGCCCUUCUUCCUGACCGUCUGCAAGCCUAACUACACGCUGCUGGGCACGUCGUGCGAGGCCAACCCCUACAUCACGCAGGACAUCUGCGCUGGCCACGACACCCACGCCAUCCUGUCCGCGCGGAAGACCUUCCCGUCGCAGCACGCCACGCUGUCCGCCUUCGCUGCCGUCUACGUGUCGGUGAGUCCCGGCCCGCCCCCGGCCCGCCCCCGGCCCGCGCUCUGCCCCGCCCCCCCGGGGGGGGGGCGAGCUCUAACCCGCCCCGCCCCGCCCCGCCCCCAGAUGUACUUCAACUCGGUCAUCUCCGACACCACGAAGCUGCUCAAGCCCAUCCUGGUGUUCGCCUUCGCCAUCGCAGCGGGCGUCUGCGGCCUCACCCAGAUUACGCAGUACCGCAGCCACCCGGUGGACGUCUACGCGGGCUUCCUCAUCGGGGCUGGCAUCGCCGCCUACCUGGCCUGCCACGCUGUGGGCAACUUUCAGGCCCCAACUACAGAGAAGCCGACGGCGCUGGCCCCGGCCAAGGACGCGCUGCGGGCACUGACCCAGCGGGGCCAUGACUCCGUGUACCAGCAGAACAAGUCCGUGAGCACGGACGAGCUGGGCCCACCGGGGCGGCUGGAAGGCGGGCCCCGGCCGGUAGCCAGAGAGAAGACCUCCCUGGGCAGCCUGAAGCGGGCCAGUGUGGACGUGGACUUGCUGGCCCCACGCAGCCCCAUGGGCAAGGAGAACAUGGUCACUUUCAGCCACACGCUGCCCCGUGUCAGCACACCCUCGCUGGAUGACCCUGCUCGCCGCCACAUGACCAUCCACGUGCCCCUCGACGCCUCCCGCUCCAAGCAGCUCAUCAGCGAGUGGAAGCAGAAGUCGCUGGAGGGCCGAGGCCUGGGGCUGCCGGACGAGGCCAGCCCUGGCCACCUACGGGCACCGACAGAGCCCAUGGCGGAGGAGGAGGAAGAGGAGGAGGAGGAGGAAGAAGAGGAAGAGGAGGAGGAGGAAGAGGAGGAGGGCGAGGAAGGGGGUCGGGCCCCACCCUCACUCUACCCCACCGUCCAGGCCCGGCCAGGGCUCGGGCCCCGGGUCAUUCUACCCCCACGCUCCGGGCCGCAGCCGCUGGUGCACAUCCCUGAGGAGGGGGCGCAGGCGGCCACGGGCCUGUCUCCCAAGAGCAGCGCGACCGUGCGGGCCAAGUGGCUCAUGAUGGCAGAGAAGAGUGGGGCGGCGGCCGCAGCCUCCGCACAGCCCCGCGUGGCCAACCCACCGCGGCUGCUGCAGGUGAUCGCCAUGUCCAAGGCGCCGGGCGGGCCCGGCCCCAAGGUGGCGGAGACCGCCUCGUCCUCCAGCGCCAGCUCCGACUCCUCGCAGUACCGCUCGCCAUCGGACCGCGACUCGGCCAGCACUGUCACCAUCGACGCGCAUGCGCCCCACCACCCUGUGGUCCAUCUGUCCGCGGGGAACGGGCCCUGGGAAUGGAAGACGGCGGGCAGCACAGCCAAGGGCGUGGAGGGCGAGGGCGGCUACGAGCUGGGGGACCUGGCUCGCAGCUUCCGCAUGGGGCCCAAGCCGCCAGGGGUGUCCCCCGGCUCGUCCGUCAGUGACGUGGACCAAGAGGAGCCGCGGUUCGGGGCAGUGGCCACGGUGAACCUGGCCACUGGCGAGGGGCUGCCCCCGCUGGGCACGGCUGACGGCGCGCUGGGCCCCGCCAGCCGCGAGUCCACGCUGAGGCGCAAGGCCGGCGGCCUGGUGCUGGGCGAGCGCGAGACCGCGGGCGAGGCGGAGGCCGAGAGCUACUACCGCAAGAUGCACGUGGCCCGGAGGUUCAAGGACUGAUGGGGGCUGGGAUG